UUCCCCUUGCCUCGCCAGGAGUCGCUCGCCUCGCCGUUGGUGCUCAACCCGUUCGUGCAAGAGGCGCGCCUGGACGCCAAAGAGAAAUCCAGGACUAUCCUGUUUGGGCUUAUUCUGGUCCCGCUGCGUGUCCUAUGCAUGUUGGUAAUUUUCCUAAUGGCUUGGCCGUUUGCUCUUCUGGCGACUUCCGGCAACACAGAGAAGGGGACAUUGCCACUUCUGGGAUGGAAAAGGACAGUGUCGUAUACCACCCUCACCCUCCUGAGUCGUGCCUUAUUCUUCGUGAUGGGAUUCCGAGUCAAAGUGAAGGGGGAAGUAGCCAGUCCUGAGGAAGCGCCCAUCCUUGCUGCCGCGCCUCACUCCAGCUUUUUCGAUGGAAUUGUCUGCGUCAUGGCCGGCUUGCCGUCGACCGUCUCUCGGCAAGAGAACCUCUCUGUGCCCAUUCUCGGCCGGAUCCUAGGUGCACUCCAACCUGUGGUGGUAUCCCGUACUGAUCCCGAUUCUCGGAGGAACACAAUCAACGAAAUCAUGCGACGGGCAACUUCAGGAGAACAGUGGCCCCAGGUAUUGAUUUUCCCAGAAGGUACAUGCACAAACCGUUCGUGUCUUAUCACAUUUAAACAAGGGGCCUUUGUUCCUGCCGUCCCUAUUCAGCCAGUGAUUAUCCGAUACCCAAACAAAUUGGAUACUGUGACGUGGACAUGGCAGGGCUAUGACUUCAAAGAGUUGUUACUCCUGACUUUGUGCCAGCUCUUUACAAAAGUUGAAGUCGAGUUUCUUCCUGUCUAUAUUCCAACAGAGGAAGAGAAGAGAGAUCCAGUUCUUUUUGCCAAUGGAGUCCGUAACAAAAUGGCAAGCAUUUUAGACGUACCGGUUACAGAUCACACAUACGAAGACUGCCGGCUGAUGCUUUCAGCAGGACAGCUGACUCUGCCCAUGGAGGCGGGUCUGGUGGAAUUCACGAAAAUCAGCAGGAAGCUGAACCUGAAGUGGAACAACAUCAGAGAGCAGUUGGAUCAGUUCGCCGCCAUUGCCAGCGCCGCUAAAGGCGGCAGGAUCGGAAUCGAGGAGUUUGCCAGCUACUUGAAGCUGCCCGUCUCCAGCGUGCUGGAAGAGCUGUUUGCCCUUUUCGACAGGAAUGGAGAUGGUUCCAUCGACUUCAGAGAAUAUGUGAUUGGUUUGUCUGUUCUGUGCAAUCCUGCCAAUACAGAACAGACAAUUCAAAUGGCAUUUCAGCUCUUUGACAUUGAUGAAGACGGCUUCAUAACGGAAGAUGAAUUUGCCUUAAUUAUCCGCUCAUCACUUGGACUUCCUGAUCUUGAUGUUUCUCACCUCUUCAAGGAAAUAGAUGCUGACAAGUCUAACAAGCUCACCUAUGAAGAGUUCAAGGAUUUUGCCCUGAAGCAUCCGGAAUACGCCAAGAUAUUUACAACGUAUCUUGAGCUACAGCGUUGCCAGUUAUUUCCGGAGACGGAAUUUAGUGGCUGCAUACCCACUGCAAAAAACCCAGUUUCAGAGAAGACCUCAGUGCCAAGGAAUAAAGUCUGUCCUGAAACAACUGAAGAUGACCAUUCAAGUGUCUCUGAUAAAAAGGAAGACUGAAUCGAAAAGGAAGAAAAUAUUAUGGUUUUUAUUAUUAUUUUAUUUUAACUUAUCCUACAUAAGGAUCAAUUUUCAUUAAAAAAAUAUCUUUUUUUAUUAUUGAAGGUGAAGACAAAGAUGGACUUGCUAACCCAAUUAUGUCAAAACUAUUUUUAAUGGAUUAAUUAUUCUAUUGUUGCCAUGUGGGGUGCAUUAAUUGUGCUCCUGUUUUACCCAGCUGCUUGCAAUGGGGCAAAAUGCAACACAGGGUCUCUCUCUCUCUCUCUCUCUCUCUCUCUCUCUCUCUCUCUCUCUCUCUCUCUCUCUCUCUCUCAGAGAAGUACAAAUAGUUUUACUUCUUUGCUUUCCGGUUUGAGUUCCUGAACAGUUAGA